AUGUCCUUAAAUCGCGAAUCUAAGCCCGUCCUCGCCGUCAUCGGCGUCGGCCCAGGCAUCGGCGAAGCUGUUUCUCACCACUUCGCCACAAAAGGCUUCGCCGUCGCGCUCAUCGCACGCACAGAAGAAAAGCUAGCCAAGAUCCAAAAGACAAUCAACGACGACAUCGGCCGUCCCGUGUCAAAAUACUACGUCGCAGACGCGCGCUCCGAGUCAUCUCUGCAGUCUACAUUCGCCGCGAUAAAAGCGGAGCUCGGCGCGGUCGACGUGCUCAUCUACAACGCCGGAUCGCGCCGGUUCACCCCGCGCACCAUCCUCGAGACCUCCAGCGAGGAAUUCGAGAACUUCACCCGGAUUAACCUCUUCGGCGCGUUCUUUGCGGCGAAAUGUGUUCUCCCUGAUAUGCUGGCCAAGGGGCGUGGGACGAUCCUGUUUACCGGUGCGACGGGGUCGAUCCGUGGGAAUGCGGGUGUGAGCUCGUUCUCGCCGGGCAAAUUUGGGCUGCGGUCGCUAUCGCAGAUUAUCACGCGCGAGUUUCAGGGUAAAGGGAUCCAUGCGGCGCAUGUUCUGGUUGAUGGGCCGGUCGAGAGCGAUAUUGUGGGCAGUGUGGUCAAGCGGCGGUGGGAGAAGGCGGGCGAGAGCGACAAGGUCAAGGACAAGGACUUGUAUCUGAUGCAGCCGCGGGAUCUGGCGGGGGUGUACUGGUAUUUGUACACGCAGCCGCGCAGUACGUGGACGCAGGAGCUGGAUGUGCGGAGCCAGCAGGAGCAGAUGUUUUCGAAGAUCUGA